AUGUCCCCCACUAAUGAUCCCUCAACACACAGUGUGGCUCGGCCUCCCCUCCCGUCCAACGUCAAGCUUCUCUGCAUCCAGAAUCGCAACACAAUUACUACUAUCGCCCUCCCAACAGCAUCGAUCAGUCACGCCCACGAAGCCCCCACUGCCCCUAUUUGUCUCUCUUACAGAUAUAUCAUCCGGACAUCCAUCCAGUUUAACACCAGCACAUCCUUACAAAAAUACGCUUCAGACCCUUCGCCCCAAAAGAAUCCCGAGGGUUCUGCGUUCCAGGACCCCAAUAGUGCAGGUAGCCCCUGGAAAGGACGCACAAAGCGCAAAGAUUACCUCGUUCGCUUGUUCCAAUGCAACAGCAUGGCACAACAUAAACCGGGUUCAACUCGGUUCGACAUGGCCCGCAUGGCUGACCCGAUCUCCCCAAGCUCGGCGAUGCACGUGGCAUCGAGAAAGACCAUGCCGCGCAACCCAAACUACACCCGCCCGCACGGCGGACCAUAUGAAACCGCACAUCAUAACAGAAUCGCGAGAUGUCCGGACACCAGCUAUCCGCUCUUGCGGAAGGAGAAAAUCCAUCGUCGCUUUGUAAAAGCGAACCGCAGUGCUCCGCAGUAUCUCGAGAGACCCACGGGAAUUCUAUUACGACCUCUUCUUCCAAGACGAAACUGCGUUCAAUUCAACGAAUGCCGGGAACCAAAGAUGAAGCAGUGGGGCGGCACGUGCUCCUCCUGCGGUGAGGGUUCCUUUCACACAUUCGGCCCCUUCGCCUUGCUACUUGUCGAGACCCAUUUUGGGGACUUCUGCUCAUCAGAUGGACAUGCCAACUACGAAUACCCACGAUAA